AUGCCGCUCUCGUCGAACCGCUCGCUGCUGUUCCUCACGCUCGCGUUGUUCGGCGCCCUCCUCUACCUCGCCCGCUCGCCCUCAUCAGACCUCCGACCCAAGGCUCACCGUGUCCUCGCCAAGCCUCGCACAGCUCAGCAGAAUGCUCUCGUGAACCAGGUGGACCGGGCGGAUACGCUUGCGGAGCAGGAGGGCGACCAGGAGAAGCGGAUCCUUCGACAGCGGAUUGUCGCGAUGGGAGACAUUCAUGGGGACUUGCCGGCGGCGACGAAGAUCCUGAGACGUGCCGAGGUGGUUGACCUGAAGGGCCAGUGGAUCGGAGGGGACACAAUCCUGGUGCAGACGGGAGACAUUGUCGACCGCGGUCCCGACACGAUUGCGCUGUACCGCUUCUUCCAGAGCUUGCGUCCGCAGGCGGAGCGAGCUGGAGGGGCCGUCAUUUCCCUUCUGGGCAAUCACGAGAUGAUGAACUGCCUUGGAGACUACCGCUACGUCACGAAAGAAGACAUUGCGCGCGUUUCCUCCUCUCUCGCUCACUCUUUCGCCGCUUCUGCGUGUUCGCCUUCAAAGCGCGUCUCCUUCGGCGGCGAGCGGAAUCGUCGCGAGGCAUUCUUGCACGGCUGGAUCGGGCAAGAGUUCCGCGCCAACUACAGCAUUACGGCACGCGUUCCCUACCUCGUUGAGGACUACCCAACUUCUUUCGACGCCCCCGUUCUUCCCGCAACUCCGGCCGGAUCGUCUGACCGCCGCUUCGUCGAGGACCCGACUUUCGCUGCUGCGUCUUCCGCCGCUUCCGACCCGCUCCGUCGCAGCGCCAUCUCGUUCGUACAUGGCGGCAUCACUCCCGAAUACCUCACCUCCCUCUCCUCCGACUCGCCCAUCAGCGAUAUCAACCGCAUCGGCCACUCCAUCCUCGAGUCCCUCCUGUCCGUACCGGGGGGCGUCCCGCUUGGGCUGCCCCGGAGCGCAAGUCCCGAGCAAAAGGAGUUCUGGAGCGAGCGAGGGCCGAUGUGGAAUCGGGAUUGGGCGCUCGAGGAGGAGGAAGAGAUCUGCGGGAGGGUGGAGAAGGCGCUCGAAGUGCUGAAUGUCAGGAGGAUGGUGAUGGGUCACACGCCUCAGUUCGACGGUAUCCUCAGCCGCUGCGACGGCAAGAUCCUCCUUAUCGACACAGGCAUCUCGCGCGCUUACGGCGGCGCACACUCUUCCCUCUCCCUCACCUAUACCCUUACGCCUGCCUCGGCUUUGACCGUCUCCGACGCUCUCUCGCUCGGCCUAGUUGACCUUCAAGACGCAGACCCAGAAGCGACACUGAAAAGUGGCGAGUUGAGUCGGACUUGGGUCGAGAAGGAGGUUGUCGAGGCGUUGUACACCGCUGGUCGGGCGACAGAAGUGCUGGACGAGCGUGAGCGGGUACUCAAGAUCCCUUAG